UUCUCCAUGAUUUUCAGGAACUAGAAGGAUGCACUGGGAUAGGCAGGUAGUUGAUUGGGAAAGUCAAAGGACAUUACAUUAGGCUAGUGCCAUGUCAGGCUGAAUAAGCAGAGAUGCAACCAGGAAGGGCAGCGGGUGGGUCCUGGCAGCCAAACGGAGCUGGACACUGGGGUAGUCUGGUGGCAGCCAGCAGGAAGUGGGGGUCACAGGGAAAGGAAUCCUCUGGGGAAUAAAGGGAUUAGGCACCAAAGCAGUGACUUUAGGCUCACAAACAAGACAAAAACACGGUUAACAAGGCGGAUCGGCUUAAUUACAACGGACAAUGUAAGGGUCUAGUUACUAGAACUGAAGUACAAGCUCAGCAAACAUUAGAUCUGAUCUGGUUGGUGCGAAGCCCUCAUCUAUGAAUCAAUUCAGUUCCACAAAUAUUUAUUAAAUACCGACCAUGAAUUGUACUAGGUGUUGGGCAUACAAAGAUGAAAUAUGUCAGUUUCUGUCCUCAGAACUUACAAUCUAAGAGGGAUAAGACAUAUACACAAAUAAAUGAUAAUACCAAGAGGAAGUGUUUAAAUAAAGCAAACUUGUGGUGGGAAUGACCAUUUUCAGCUGGGGAAAUCAGACUCAGGGGAGCUGCGCCAUAAACGAUCUUUCCCCAACCUAGAGGCUGGACCAAUCCCAGAGUCUCAAUACAUGUCUAAGUUAGAUCCCUGAUCCCAGAGCCCAGGACAGCUUGGGGAUUAAAUGACUCUAGCCAUGAGGACUAAAGGAAUAUAGGGGCAGAGACUCAAGCCAUCUGUCCAACUUUCAACACCCCUCCCUAAAUACACAAUCCUCUUGUGAAGGCAGCUCUCUGUCCUUUUCCAGGUGUAAGGGGUAGGACACAACCCCAAUCCCAGGUUCAGGAUGCCCUCAGGUCAACUAGAACACAGAGGUGGUAGGGGGGAAAGUAGUUCCUCUUUGUCUAUAGAUGAUCUCUGAUCUUUAUCAGCAGUGAGAGCACAAGAUGAAAACCCACGGAUAUUACACAAUUGACUACCGUCAUCUUAUUUCCUGGGGUUGGCUAGGAGGUCUCUGGUCAGCUCUAUUAUUUUAAUAGUGUCCAGUCCUGUGCUGGUCACUGAAGGUAACAAGAUGAGGAACAUGAGACUCUGAAGUGACCUUCCAUUCUUUGAGAACACUGGGACCUUGUGUGGGCCCAAGCCGUCAUCUUCCCCACUCUCCAAGACUUUGAAGGAGUACAAUGCAUGAACUACAUUGCAACCUGAGCUCAUCCCCUUCCUUGUCAGCCUUCCUGGCCCCAGUGCUGGCUUUGGAGUGUAUUGUGGGGCUAGUGGGGAAUGGCUUCGCAUUCUUCAUCUUCUGCUUCCACAUACGACCUUGGAAGUCUAACACCAUUUUUCUCCUGUGCCUAGUCAUUGCUGAUUUCCUCCUGAUUAUCAACUUACCCUUUCGAGUUGAUUAUUACGUCCACGGCCAGAUUUGGAACUUUGGGCUUGGUGCCUGCAAGGCUAACCUCUUCAUGCUCUCCACCAAUCGUACAGCCAGUAUUGUCUUCCUCACUGCUAUUGCAUUCAAUCGCUAUCUGAAGGUGGCAUGGCCCCACCACGCACUGAGCCAGGCAUCUGCAGGGUCAGCAGCCCAGGUAUCUGUGGGGCUGUGGGUGCUCAUCCUGCUCAUGAAUGUGCCCCUACUCCUCAACAAUCCCCAGCCUGUCUAUUCCCAUGCCUCUUGCCUCAGCUUUACAACAAACACCGAAGGCUCUAUUGCCCAGCGCUGGCACCAUAUACUCUAUGGGAUGGAAUUCUUUCUGCCAUUGGGAAUCAUCCUGUUCUGUAUCUUCAGCAUCAUCUUCACCAUCAGACGACGGAACCUGGGCAAGCAAGCAGGGGCACGACGGGCGAUGCUUGUCCUGGGAGUAGUUGUUGCUGUCUAUUUCUUCUGCUUCUUGCCCAGCAUUGUCUUUGCAAUAGCCUCCGUCCUAGCCAUGCAACUCAAGGAUUGCCAUGCACUCAACAUGUGUACAGAGCUGUUCCAUGGAGCCCUGGCCUUCACCUACCUCAACAGCACCCUUGAUCCUGUACUCUACUGUUUCUCCAGCCCCAACUUUCUCCACCAGAGCAAAAUACUGCUCUGUAGGGGGGACCAGUCAGCUGGAAUAAAUCAUGAGCAAGAAGGUGAUGAUGGCAGCUCUUCCUAUCCAACCAGGCAGAUGGAUUGGAGGAGAGUGGAUGCAGGAAGUUUGCGGGCUUAGGUCCAGAUAUUGGUCUCUA